AUGUGGAACACCCUCAAAGCCGAGACCAGCUCAACCGGGCCAUACCGAAUGUUCGUUCGACACGCUGUACCAAUUCAGGGGGUCGAUUAUGCACCAUCAGUCCCUUCGCUAACCUUCGGCAUGGUCUGCCGAGCAACCAGCCAUCACGUCAAUCCAAUUCUGUCAGAUUACCUCAGAACUUCUGCCGGAACCUGUCAGAGCACGUGUCGAUCUCCGAAGACACUCCCACAAGUCCCACAUCUAAACUAA